GUAAUUUGCUCCUCGUUUGUCAGAAGCAAAAACCGCACACUUGCAACUCGUCCACGUCUUCAACCCAAAAGGUCACUGACCAUCAUGUACGAGAUCUCGUUCGUUGAUGAUGACCAAGAAGAUUUUCGAAUCCAAGAAUUGCUGGGCGAGGGGUCUUUCGCUCAGGUGUAUAGAUGCGUGGAAACCAAGUCACAAACUGUAUUCGCGCUGAAGGAGUUUUACACAAGGCAUAAGGAAUAUGACGAGAGUGCUGUUCAACGGGAAAUUGAAGUGUGGUCGGAUGUCAUUCACGAAAAUAUCGUGCGAUUAUACGCUUCUUUUACUACGGGAUCCUAUCUGUACUUUGUGUUGGAGUUUGUGGAUGGAGGAAGCCUUUUUAAUCACAUGAUGCAAAGACAGAAGUACAGCGAAAAGGAUGCUGCAAAUAUUAUGAAACAGGUGAGAUUAUCUGACUGAUAAAUAACAUUUCAGAACAUAUUUUCUCUGAGAAAACAGGCCACUCUUCUCAGCGCUCAGAACAUAGUUCCGAGGUGACCUACUAACUAUGCUCAGGGCUUACACUCAAAUUUGACUUGACAAAUUUAGAAAACUUUACAUGACUUUUUAUAUUUGGAACGAUCUGACUUUCUGUGGAACGAUCUCACAAUAGAGUGGAACGAUCUGACGGCAUGGAAAAAACCAACCGAUUACGUUUUCUCAGGCUAAACAUUUUCAAUUAGAGACAUUUGAAGUGCACUAUGUAACCACUUGGCAAAUUUUCAUCCUUAGAAAAGAAUUCUAAAAAAAUUGAUUUAGCUUUCUCUUUUUGCCUUCAAAUGUUAGCCAAAAAAAUUACUGUAGAAUCAAAAGAGAAGAAGAGGCCGUAACGCGUUGCACGUGGAUUGAUUUAGCAGGAAUCUGCGGGUCAACACUAGCAUCAUUGUAUAACGUGUUUUUUUAUUUGUAUGCACAUUCACUGACAAUGCAUUUGCUUGGCGAUUUGAUUUAAAAUUCUAGGCUCAUACCUUAGCCCUCUCAAAAUUCCUGUUUCUGGGGAUGGCAAAAUUAAACAAUACAGAGCGGAAAAUUUAUCAGAUCGCUUGGCUAUGACAAAUAUGUACCCUGAUCCUCACUGACUCACUACUUGACUGAAGACGGCUAAGAUACUUAAAGGCGACGUGAAAAGAUUCAUUUAAAGCGCAGUAUUUGGGAAAAUAACCCGAUUUAAGUCGCGCUUGGAAUCUUCUGUUUUGGAGAUCGUAGUGUAUCUUUUUUAUUCAUCUGUCGAUAGGCAAUUCAGAGAUUAAUUCUAAACAUUCCAUAAAACAACAAAGCCACUUGAAAUGACACAGAUAAAAAUACCACACUGGGCAAGAUACCAGGGUAUAUUUGCUUUACCAUAACGUAUGUUGUCAGUGUUUGCCGCUAGUAAUGGCAUAUAUUUCAAUUGAAUUGAUAACUUCCAUAGGGUAAUUAACUUGAUGACCUUAUACAUCUUCAUGCUUUAUAUAAUAGAGAUUUGCAGAUACUGACAAAAAAGGAACUCGUCUUUCUGAUCAAUCUACUGAGCUAAAUCAUCUCUUGCCACGAGUUUUCAAGACGUUUUUCAGUCAGGGGUGGUAGGCCAGCUUUCAGUUUUUAAAUCGGUAACUCGCAUAAAAAAAAAAAAAACAUCCUUGUGUCAUCGAUCCGUUCCAUAAUUUGUAAGAUCGCGGUCCAGUGAAGUAAACAAGAACUGGCAACUUUCUUGUGAGAAGCAAACGCACGUUUUGUGGCGCAUGACAUGGAUUGCGUCACGAUUCCGGUGUAGCUUAUAGACGGAUUAACGACGCAUCUGAGACAUAAUACUUUAUGGAUACUUUAUCUAUCUUCCGCUAACGGUUUUCUACAUUAUAUCAAAAUCUAUGGUUAAUUGUGAUUCUAGGGACGCGUCGCUCAUGGUGGUCUUUGCUAAAGAGAUAACUAUGAUGCCUGCAUGCCCUCUCUCAUGUCCUCGCUCAAGAGCGCAUUUCUCUCUUGCCUCGCUAAAACCUGUUGAAAAACCGGUUCAACACUUCGGCGUUUUUAACCUACGGAACAGUAGGUAUGUAUGCUUUGUCACCGGGGAUCAAAUUGUGAAAAUGAAGACGGUCAUACUUCCGGAUUUUUCCCCACAGCCUGACUCAUAAAGGAAGCAGAAAUUGGACAAAAUAAACUGAAUUAACUCUCGGUAAGGCGACUGAUGUACCCUCGUUAAACUGCACUAUUAAAUGAAUAAUACAUGGAGACUUUUCGCCCUUCUUAAACGAAUUGACGGCACUGUCACAGGCGAGCUUGCCUAAUUGUUCUCAUUGAUUUAUUAGGGUAGUUAAUAGUUUAAAAUGGUGGCAAGAAUAUAAUUAUACUUUCUCUUUCAAAAUGUCCGAGUGAGAGUCAGUUCUUGUCCCCAAGAAGAGCUCAUUUUUGGUCAUGCGCAUAGUGACGCGCCUAAAGUUGCAAUCUUGGACUCUUGGACAGAAUAAAAUGGAACAGCAAAUUCCCAUCCCCCCCCCCCCCCCCCCCAAAUCAAGGAUGGAGCCGCGCAAAAGCCAAAAAGCGCCAUUUUCCCAUCCGAGCUAUCGGGUUGAGUUGCCUCGCGAUAAGCAUGAACUUAUAUGCGUAUACCAGUCCUUUGGUACCUUUAUCCUCUUCGAGCUGCACUCUCGAAAUUGAGUACGCUUUAAUGUGCACAGAGAGUCAACUUGCUCCUAAGUGGGGGAGAGUUUGUUUGGUUGUUACCUGUAAAGAUGUAACGAUCUAUCCAAUAUCAACUAACAUAUUCCCGUAAUUAACUUACUUAUUUUCCAUCAGUUAGUAGAAUUGUAUUCAAGGCAGUUUAUUGUAUUAAGUCAAUUUCCGUGUUCCUAGCGUCAGUUUUUUUAAAAUAUUACGAAGUCGUGAUUCUCUAGCGUUUUAACUGGAUGCCCUAUGACAAUAAUAUUUCAGGGACACUGUGACUAAUUUGCUUAAGCAAAACUAAAGCCGGUGAUAUUUUGAAACAGAACACAAACAUAAUUUUUUUUCCAGCCGCUUGUUAAUGCCGUCAGUUUCUUUUAGGUAAACAGUAUUAGUUACUUCCAAGGUAGCUUAAGAAUUUUUGUACUUUCCCCAUAGGUUCUGGAAGCCUUAGUGUACCUUCACAAAAAACGUAUCGUUCACCGAGAUGUCAAACCUGACAACAUACUUAUCAAACACGUUCCAUCUGCGACAGAGAAAUCUACUCCACAGCUUGCUGUAAAGCUAUGCGACUUCGGAUUCGCCUUUACGCUCCCUCGUCACUCAAACGUCAUAUGCUGCCCUGCACGUGGUGCUCCCAUGUUUUUGGCACCAGAAACGAUUCUGGACAACCCUAUUGGUUGUCCUGUGGAUAUUUGGUCCUGUGGCGUACUGCUUCAUUUGUUGGUGGCGGGCUAUCCGCCAUUUUGGAACGAUAAUAGUGAGAAAAUGUUAUUAGCUGCUGUUCGGGGUCAGUAUAGUUUAUCCAGCCCAGUGUGGAACAAAGUUUCUCGAUCAUGCAGGGACCUUGUCAAAUCCAUGCUAACUGUACAUACAUCACAGCGAAUCACGGCUUUAGAAGCUGUAAGACAUCCUUGGUUCUUCAAAAUGUCGGCUUUGGAUUCGCCCCGCCCGAGAAGAAAGCACAGCAGUGCGCUUUCAAGCAGUUCUCGUUUCACAGAGAAACUUAAGUACACCAUUAACGAGAUGCACUCCAGCUUGAAAAUGCAGCGUUUAGGUUUAGACCCUUUGAAGGGAAAAUUCUUCCCGCUGUAUCAUUCAGCCAUGAAUUUGUCCGAGGUUGGCCGAGUAACGACCGUAUAG